CAGCACUUUCAAAACAUGCAAAACGGGCUCGCCCUGCACACUUCGCCAUCUCAUCAAGCAACCUUGCAUCUUCUGAUCUUGUCAUAAAUAUUUGCCAGAAGCACUUCAUGAAAAUGCAAACUCUCAUCUUUUCAGCCGCAUUACUUUUCUUCUCGGCAGUUUCUACUUCUAUCGAUCCCUUGACUUAUCAAGAGAACGGAACUUCUGUUGAUGUCAGGCAUAUACUUACUGGUGAUGAUGUCCAUUGGUCAACGGGUACUGUGGUCGCAUUUCCAAACUCCACCGCAUUCACCAAUGCUACGGAGAGAAGAGUAGCCUGGGAAGCACCCAGCUUCGCAGCUGUCAUUACACCCGUUGUUGAGGAAGAUGUAGCCAAAGCUGUGAAGCUCGCUGUGCAGCAUAACAUUCCUUUUCUCGCAACUGGUGGGCGUCAUGGAUCUGGUGUUGGUUAUGGCAAGGUGCAUGGGGGACUAGCCAUUGACCUUUCUCAUUUCAAUUAUUUUGAGGUCCACACGAACUCUAGUAUCGUGACCAUUGGGGGUUCCGCCACGUUUGGCGAGUUCCAGCAUGAAUUGUACGCUGCUGGACUGAUGCUCCCAUCCGGUUCAUGUUCCUGUCCAGGUUAUGUGGGAUUGGGUGUUGGGGGUGGCAUUGGACGCCGUAUGGGGUCUCUGGGAUUGGUAUCAGACCGUAUCUUAUCGGCAAGAGUCGUUACUGCCACGGGUCAUAUUCUCGAUGUCUCAAAUGAGAAGCAUGCCGACUUGUUCUGGGGUAUACGUGGAGCUGGAGCAAAUCUUGGAGUCAUCAUUUCGGCCACUUUCCAGGCAGCAAAAGCUUCUGAUUAUGCAGGAGAUGGUCACGCGUUGACAAUUGACUUGUACUUCGAUGCUAAGAGUACAACGGCCUACUUUGAGCACCUGGGAAACAUAGCUGGAAGCCUUCCUUCCAACGUUGGUGGGCUACAUCUUACGAUGUACAAUGCCACGGUGAACGAUGCCGAGCUUUUCGUCAACUGGGUAUGGUAUGGACCAGAAGCAGAAGGUCAUGCCUUUAUUUCCCAGUUCCUGUCUUUUGGACCUUAUCUCGUCAAGAACUACGAGUAUAUUACAUGGGACCAUGUCAUAGCCGUCGCGGGAGACGGAGUAGGACAAUCUGGACUCUGUAUCAAAGAAGUGUACGCAAAUUCCUAUGCUUCGAAUCUUAAAGAAUUCGCCACCUCGACGUUCAUCGACACUUUUGCCAAGCUUGCUCAGUUCUACGCCGAAUAUCCAGAAGGCAGGGGUUCGUCGUCAAAUCUGGAAUUAUUCUCCAACCAGGCUGUUGCUGCUCUGGACAAAGACUUUGACGCAUACCCGUGGAGAGACACAAAGGGCUUCUUUACUGUAUCAGCCUACUUUGAUACUACGGCACAGUCAAAUCAAACUCUGUUGGACAUAGGGGAUACCUUUUGUCGAGAUUUAAGAGAUAGCUGGUCCGAGACUGGAGGCUAUGCUGAACAAGGAGGGGCAAUCUAUGUCAACUAUGCACGCGGUGAUGAGCCCAUUGAGAGUGUUUGGGGAGAUAGCCUUCCUCGGCUUGCUGCUUUGAAAAAGCAGUGGGAUCCAAAAAAUGUUUUUGCAUACAAUAAUCCUUUGCCAACUAGCUAUCCAUAGAUUUCAAAAGUAGUGGAGUAUGAAGACAACAG